CUAUUUUUUGGAAUGGCCCAUAUAGACCGACCUAUGUUCUUUCUUUGAUUCUCGGACGGACCAUCAAUCAAUAAUGUUCUUCUAUAUAUAAAUGAACUCUCCACAUGGAGAUUUAUGUAUGUGUGUUUGCAGUAGCAGUCAGCAGCAUGGAUGAAUCAAGAUGUGAGGUAGAGUUGCCUGGAUUCAGGUUUCACCCCACUGAAGAAGAGCUCUUGAAUUUCUACCUCAAAAGUAUGGUUUUCGGGAAGAAAUUACGUGGCGAUAUCAUCGGUUUUCUUAAUAUAUACAAUCAUGAUCCCAGGGAGUUGCCUGGUCUGGCAAAAAUUGGGGAGAGAGAAUGGUACUUUUUUGUGCCUAGGGACAGAAAACAUGGCAGUGGAGGGAGGCCUAACCGUACUACUGAACACGGCUUCUGGAAGGCAACCGGGUCGGACCGUCAGAUACGCAGCAUCUCUGAUCCCAAGAAGAUGCUGGGGCUAAAGAAAACGUUGGUGUUCUAUCAAGGUAGAGCGCCACGUGGAACAAAGACCGAUUGGGUCAUGAACGAGUAUCGCUUGCCUGAUAAAUACUCACCACCCAAGGACAUAGUGUUGUGUAAAAUAUACAGAAAGGCAACAUCCUUGAAGGAGUUGGAGCAGAGGGCUGCAAUGGAAGAAGAAAUCCAGAGUUUUCGGGCUUACACUUCACCACCACCACUUACCCCAUCCAUUGAUGCCACCUCAGUUUGCAACCAGUUUGAGGAGUUGAAUCCCACCAUUACCGAAAGCAAUAGCAUGGGACUCAAGAAAGAAAAUGAAGGACUAAUGCUUGUACAUGAGAAAUAUGGAGACACAUUUCAGGAAAGUAGUAAAGUGAGGACUUGCUCUAGCCUCAUGAUGCCAAAUGGCAGGCAUAAUUUAGCAGAGCUGCAGCUCCCUAAACUCAAUAUGGACUGGACCCAAGACUCUUUCUGGACGCAAUUUAGCCCCUGGCUCGACAAUUUCACCCCUUUCUUCUCAAUGUGCUAAUUAAAAUUUCUGAAUUCUAUUAAUUUAUGUAUUACCAUGCUUACGGCUAAUCUCAAGUACUAUGACUGGUAAAUUACUCCUCUUGUUGUUUCCAUGUUGACACUUACAAGUGAAUUACAACAAGGUUGAUUUGUUCGAGCCGGUUU